AAGGCCGUCUGUCAGUCAAGCGUUCGCGCACGAAUGCGACGGUACGGUCGGUCGUCGUGGCGAGUUCAUACUCGGCGCCGCGCUCACGAGAUCAGCUCGAGGAAGCCUCAGAGCUGACGACGUUCCCGACGUGAAGAAUCGAAGAGAAUCCGUUCCUAUAUCUUUUUUUCUCAGAUUCCUCGUCCGUCCUCGUCCUAUCAGCUCGUUUUUUUCUCCGCUUUUCUCUAAACCGCCAGAAGACCAGGUGUUUCCUGUGUGAAGGUGUAACCGCUCGCGCGCGCCGGACACCAGGGACUGUGUGACCCGCUUACCGCGCGUUGUAUUUCUCACAACGGUUAAGCGGACGGACAAAGCUGAAUGAGGCUGAUGGAACCUUUGGGUGUCGCCGAGGACAUUGUGGAGCCGGCUGCGUUGAAACGAUGGGCCGACUAUCCAAUUCAACAUCGGUUCACGGAUUACGAAUCGGUCCGAGAAACGGCGCAUCACGCUAUAAGUCCCUUUCCUUGUCAGUCGUCACUUAACAACAAGCUCGCGUUAUGGGCUGGAGAUAUCUCGAUAUUGCAAGUAGACGCGGUAGUAAAUCCUACCAACGAGACGAUGGAUGAUAACAGUCCUAUGUGCCAAAGAAUAUUUAGCCGAGCUGGUUCUGCGCUUAAAAUGGAAAUAUAUAACGAAAUAAAAGAAUGCAGAACCGGCGAAGUAAGAAUUACACAGGGUCAUGGAUUACCUGCUCGUUUUAUUAUUCAUACUGUUGGACCAGUUUAUAACGUCAAGUAUCAAACCGCUGCGCAAAACACAUUACAUUGUUGCUAUAGAAACGUCCUGCAAAAGGCGAGGGAAAUGGGACUGCGCACUAUCGCUUUACCCGUAAUAAAUUCAGUGCGAAGAAACUACCCUCCGGACGCGGGAGCGCAUAUAGCUCUCAGAACCGUACGUAGAUUCAUGGAGCAAUAUAGCGAUUCAUUAUCGUGCGUUAUAUUUGUACUAGAGCCGUGCGAUCUUGGAAUAUACGAGGUGCUUCUGCCGCUUUAUUUUCCGCGAAAUUUGGCAGAACAAGACAACGCUUGCUGGCAAUUACCGAGCGACAUCGGCGGUACGGACGGGGAGCCUUUACUUCCCGACAGACAAAUCAGAAUUAUUGACAAUCCUCAGCACGCUUUACACGGCGACGAGACGGUAGAACUUUCGACGCAAUUGGAAACUUCGAUGAACAUAGGCGAACACGCUUUUGCACAAAUGCAAGGCGAUCUGGAUCGCCAGAGGCUUUUGGGAGAGAGACCCCCUGCCGAUCCACUGGCGGAUAUCAUGUUCAAGCAAAUGCAGCAGAAAGAAAGAUACGAAAGGCUCCUCAGGAGAGCGAAGACGGAAGACCUGACCGAAGUCUCGGGGAUCGGUUGUCUGUAUCAAAGCGGAGUGGAUCGACAAGGUCGACCUGUGGUGGUUUUUGUUGGCAAAUGGUUCCCGGCCACCAAAAUCAAUCUGGACAAGGCCUUGCUGUACCUGAUACAGUUGCUGGAUCCCAUCGUAAAGGGCGAUUACGUUAUCGCGUACUUCCACACCCUUACGGCCAGCAACAAUUACCCCAGUUUGCACUGGCUGCGCGAAGUCUACAACGUUCUUCCCUACAAAUACAAGAAGAAUCUGAAGCAUUUCUACAUUGUUCAUCCCACCUUCUGGACCAAGAUGAUGACGUGGUGGUUCACGACCUUUAUGGCGCCGGCCAUUAAGCAGAAGGUUCACAACUUGCCCGGUGUGGAAUAUCUUUACGAAGUUAUGCCGCCUGAUCAGCUCGAGAUCCCCGCGUACAUCACGGAAUACGACAUGACGAUAAACGGAUUGAGGUAUUAUCAGCCGGAUCAGGUCUCGUCGUCACCGUCGACGUCCACGUAACUCGCAGGUGAAAAUCGUUACGAGAGCAGCGAAGCGUCAAGAUGGAGGCCGGACCGUGUGUUAUGCUUGACUUUAACUCGUAUUCUCGCAGUGACAUCCGUGUGCCGCUACUUGUUGUACGUAAGAGCCGUGCGCGCGGUCGCCGACGUGUCCCGCCGUUGUUUCGUUACGGCGAGGCGAAAAACGCUACGUUGUCUGAACUCGAUGAUACGCGCGAUGAUAUGCGGCAAGACGACAUUAAGUCCGGCUCCGCGAUAUAUCCCGAAGACGACGUUUCGUCCAAGUGCCUCGUGAGGAAUUCCGCUUUGUUUUUUUACGUGGGAAGGAUAAAAAAAAAAAAAAAAAAAAGAAAGGACAAUCGGCCGCGCGUACGUCGCGAUUUACGAAUUAACACAAUACAAUUAUAUACGCGAAUACUAAUAUAACAAAAAAAAAAAAAAAAAAAAANAAAAACAACAA